AUGGGGGUGAAGCUCUGCCUGAUUCUCCUCCUCAUCCUCGCCGCGGCGGUGGCAUCUCACUCCGCAACCCUCAGCGACGACGCCGUUUUCUCCCCCACCGGCGACCUUUUCGGAGAAACCAGCCCGCGAAAUCUGAUUGGCCGUAGUAUGCUUCAGAAGGGGAAGUAUCUGAGCUACGCGGCGCUGAAGAAGAACAUCAUCCCCUGCGGCGGCAGGGGAAUGUCUUAUUACGACUGCACCAAGCGCAAGAGAGCCAAUCCUUACAGGCGCUCAUGCCUCGCCAUCCAUGGCUGCGCUCGAUUCACCGAUUAA